AUGAAAGGUGAACUUACAGCAGAAGAAAUAGCAGACUCUGAACACAGAGUCAUUGCCCGUGCACAGGAGGAGUCAUUUUCAGUAGAAUAUGCUGCUUUGCUAUCAGGGAAGAUGUUGCCUUCCAGUUCUAAACUCCUUACACUUCAGCCACAACUGGAUGAACAUGGAGUCAUGAGAAUGAGUGGGCGCCUAGGUGAUGCUGAAUGUUUGCCUCUUGGAGCAAGAUUUCCAAUAAUUCUGCCUCGCAAAAGUUGGGUGAUAAAGCUCAUAAUAAAACAGUAUCACGAGGACGGUAAACAUGUACUGGGAACAAACCAGACGUUGGCUGUUGUGCCGGGCACGUACUGGACUAUCUCAGGACGAGAAGCUAUACGAGAAUGGGAGAGGGAAUGUGCUAGAUGUCAUAGGGACAAAGCAAGACCUGCUUGUCCACUGAUGGCACCAUUACCGAAAAUGAGACUCCAAAAGUCACUCCGUGCAUUCAGCCAGACUGGGGUGGAUUAUGCUGGGCCAUUUAUCACAGUGCAAGGCAGAGGAAAGGCACGUCAAAAACGUUAUUUAUGUUUAUUCACAUGUUUAACUUCUCGAGCCGUUCACCUGGAGAUGGCAUAUAGCUUGGACACAAGUGCUUUCUACAGAAUGGUAAAUCGAAGAGGCCUACCACAAGAGGUCAUAUCGGACAACGGAACCAACUUUGUUGGUGCCGUUAAAGAACUCAAGGAACUUUUUCGCAAUCUGGAUCAAGACGCUGUUCAACGUUCCCUGGCUAAUCGAGGAGUGAAAUGUCACUUCAACCCUCCAUACUCGCCACACUUUGGAGGGGUAUUCGAGACGAUGAUAAAAUCGGCUAAACGUGCCAUCUUCGCUAUCCUGGGGAAUGGUGAUGUCACAGACGAGGAACUGGAAACUGCAUUUACUGGAGCUGAAGCCCUGAUCAACUCGCGUCCUCUCACCUAUCAGUCAACUCAUCCCCAAGAUGUGAUUCCUCUGACACCGAAUCACUUCCUGCACGGCCAGAUCGGAGGGAUAUUUGCUCCAGAAUCCGUAGACACUACAGAUUACCAUCCAUGA